GUUUAGUAUUUGAACGCUGUAUCAGUCGUAAAGGUGCUCCGCAGAAUCCUACAAGUUCGCUUGCGCUACCGCUAUAAUGCUUUUAUUCUAGUCAAACAUUUACAUAGUGCGUCAUUUCGUAUUCGUCUAAAAUACGUGAUAGAUAAAGUGUCUUUUCUUCAACAAUCUCGCUGUGUAUAUAAAAGGAUUUUUACAUCUGGUUAUUGUCUUGGUUCGAAAUGGUUUAUAAGAUAAGUGUGACUGGGACUGCUGUGGCGGAGGAAGUGGAAAAACCUUCUGUUUGGAAGGAGGUCGUUCUGUCGUUUAUCGCUAGCCUGCCAUUUCUUACCCAUGGCAUAGAAGCUACUGAACUUUAUGCCACUUCACAUUCAGGCAAUUUCAUUGAUUCUCCAGAAAAAGUGCCAUGGAAUGCCACCGCUUUAAUUUUAGCGGCUGCUGUGACAGCACCUAUAUUAUGUUACAUUUCAGACAAGUUCGGGAGAAAAGUGGGCAUCUUUAUCGUUAGUCUGACACAAGGAAUAUCAUGCAUACCAUUGUUCUUACCACCAAACUUUAUAACAACAUUAAUCCUACACGUAGUAGCUGGAAUUUCUACUGGAGGUCUUUUCACAAUUCUUCCAAUUUACAUAUGUGAGAUAAAUUCCAUAAAAAAUAGAGGAUUAUGUCUAUCGUUUAUGAUGGUGAUGACUACGCUAGCAUAUGUGAUGAAACUGGUGAUAGAUUUGGAAACGAUGAUGUAUCUGAUGGCUGCGGUGGUGAUGAUUCAGUUGCUCUCGAUGUUGUGCUUGAUCGAAUCACCGAGCUACUGUGUGAUGGCAGGAAAGAUGGAGAUAGCAAAAGCAAAAAUGUCGAAAUUGAAGUGCCUCGAAAACGACAAUCCGAAUUUAACAAAAGAGCUCGAGAUCCUAAGGGAUGAAAGCUAUAGAGCGAAGUCGCACGGAAAGCUAACAUUGGCCCAUAUUUUGAGAAAUUUAAUUUGGAGGGAUGCAACAAAGAUUGGAGUGCUACUACAUACAACAAUGGUCUUAUGCGGAAGCAUAGUAUUUCUGGACCAGGAUAAGACUCUGAUGCAGCUGAGGAUACCUUCAGACCCUGACAGGAUGUUGGUGCUGGUGGGAAUGUUCGUUGGGAGCUUAGUAACUUUUCUUCUGAUCUUAUUCGUGGAAAGGAAAUAUAUCUUAACCUUCGGCUACAUUACAAUGGUGCUAUCUAUGGGUGUUCUGGCGAUUUACACGCAAAUCGAUCUCACGGUGACAUCACUUAGAUGGGUGCCAGUAGCGGCGUUGGCAAUCCUGGUCUUCGGUUACGGUGUGGCUUGGGGAUUCCCUACAAUUAUUGUGGUGGAAAUAUAUAAUCUAGAGAUACGCGCCACGAUGGUUGGAACACUGUUCACGUAUUCCCAAAUAAUAAAACUCAUACACAUUCAUACCUACCAAUACAUAGAAGAUUACAUGGGAAUCUUCGUGUUGUUCUAUAUCUUCGCUGCUAUCAACAUCUACGCAGGCGUUUAUGGUUUAUUUACUAUACCCAACUUGAAAGACAAGACUGUGAAGCAAAUAGAAAAACAACUUAAGAGAAUACCUUUAAUAAAAUUAUGAUCAUGGUUUCUUUUAUUUAUUCUCUCUACUGUAGUAAUACAUUU